ACACCACGUGACCCAAUGCGGAAAUUAUCUCACAGAAAGUGGGAGUCUCACAGUGAGCGGAGAUUUUGAGCGGACUCCUUACAGACUGCCCCGCGACUUCUCGAACAAUACUCCACUCGCUCGAGCGUCUACGCGUGUUAUUGAUUAUUUACCCGAGCGAAUAAACAAAGAAAGGCGGAAAGUAAAGGGUCGUUCUGUGGUCCGACUGCUGAGAUGACCGGAGUGUGACAGUAGGCCUCAAGAUCCCUGUGACAUGGCAACUGCUAAGAAGAUGUGUUCAAAGGCAGGAGGUGUCCACUUCUCUGAGGAACCUCCUUCCACCGGAGUCCCCUCUCAUGUUCAUUUUGACGAGAAGCUGCAUGACUCGGUGGUCAUGGUGACUCAGGAGGAUGAUGGCAACUUCAUGGUGAAGGUUGGCUUCCUGAAGACUCAGCAUCGCUACGAGAUUGUGUUCACCCUGCCAGAGGUGCCAGGUCUGGGUAAAAAUGUGUGUCCAGCACCGGUGCCAAGUCCUCACCUGCGGAUCACCAACAUCCUGCCUGCUCCUGAGGGAGGCCUGAGGGUAGCGUGCGAGUACAUGGCCCUGCAGGAGGGAGUCCUGUGUGAGGAGGUGCUGCUGCUGAGCGAGACCAAUGAUGACGUCUGUGUCAGGGUCAAAGUUCACGCCAGAGUCAUGGAUCGUCAGCACGGCACACCGAUGCUGCUGGAAGGAGUGCGCUGCAUCGGUGUGGAGCUGGAGUACGACUCCGAGCACAGCGACUGGCAGGGCUUUGACUGAGCCUCGAGCUUCUCUCCUUCAUUACCACACACUUUUCUAUCAUGGAUCCAUGUACCGGUCAUGCUUUCAUGUAGAAAAAUUAAUGAAAGCAUCGGAUCUGAUCAAUAAUCAACCAAUGGCAGUCAUGUACGAAGCGCUCCUCUCCAUUAGUCCUGUUUAUCUGCAUUUUCCGUGUUCCGCCACUAGAGGGCAGAAGCACUCUAUUAAUCAGAACAACCUCUUAUCUUUCAAAAGCUGGUUAUCUCUGUUAAAGAAAAGUUUAUUAGUCAAGAAAAGUCUGAUUUUUUUUUUUGAAGGAUGGAAGAAAAUGAAACAAUAAUUCAAUUAUCUUUAGUGACAUUUUCUCAACUUAGACAUAAACUCUGCUUUAGUUUUAUGUUGUUUUAUGUUUCUGACAGACAUUUCUUCCACCAGCAAAUGGAAAAUUACUCUAGAAAUUUAUCAGAAAAGAAGCAAUGUUGCGGGUUUUGUGGUUUUAAUUUUAACAGACAUUUGUUUUAAAGUUGUAUUCUUCUGUUAAGCAAACGAGGUGCACUUUUCAACCUUGUAAAGACUAACAUGUUCUCCCAUUUAUCAAUAAAAAGUGUUUCAUAUUUUGAUUAUGAUGUAAUUUUCUUUCAGACACCGUCAGCUUUUUUUGUGAAAUUGUUUUUUUUUUUUUUUAAAGCCUUUCAUGUUGAACAAGUGCCUCUCACGCUCUUCCCAAACUUACAAACUUAUAUUUCACCAUUAGAUCCACACCUACCUGCCUGUUUGUAGCCUCGUGUUUACCUCGUGAUCCGCCUCACAUCAUUGAUUUCCGUUGUGUUUCAGCUUAAAUGCUUGAUUGUUUUAUUAUUUGUCACUGAUAAAAGAUUAAGCCUUAAAUCAACCUGUAUUUUUAUUUUUUGCUUCUUCGUGUGAGACCAAAAGCUGUUGGUGAAACACAGAUGCUUUCUGCAAAAUAGGUCAAGCUAAUGUCUUAGAGUUAAACUGCUGUAGAAUCUGGUAGGUCGGUGUUUCAUGGAUGAAGGAGUUUACUGUGUGAUACCUGCUCCCUGUGUGUGUUUGUGUGUGAUCUUCAUUUUUUAAAUGUCAACGAAAUAAAACACAUGAAUCUGAA